CACACACGCGUGCGCGCGCGUCACUCUGCCCCGGGGUAAGCGGCGGAGACGAUGCCUCUGGAGAGGUGACCACCGGCGGAUCACCGGAGCGCCGCUCACCGGCAAUUAUGGAAAGAAAACCACAAACAAUACCAAACCAGAGUUAGCCGGUCCAUCUCACACAACAUGGCGAGGAGCAGGAGGCGGUGAGAGCUCGAGAUAGAAGCGAGGGAGGGAGAGGCAGCGCGGGCAGACCGCGACGCUGCUCUCGUCUCGUAAGAGGAUAAAGAGAAAGGGAAAUCAAGCUAUUUAUAAGCGGAGCGUCGGGACUGUCCACCAUGAGCGGCGGCGGGCCGGAUGAGAGCUCGGUGCGCGUGGCCCUGAGGAUCCGCCCUCAGCUGGCCAAAGAGAAGAUCGAGGGCUGCCACAUCUGCACCUACGUGAUGCCCGGCGAGCCGCAGGUGUUCCUGGGGAAGGACAAGGCCUUCACCUACGACCACGUCUUCGAUAUGGACAGCCAGCAGAAGAGCAUCUACACGCACUGCACCGAGAGCCUCAUCGAGGGCUGCCUGGAGGGAUACAACGCCACCGUCUUUGCAUACGGACAGACGGGUUCGGGAAAGACGUACACCAUGGGAACCGGCUUCGACGUUAACAUCGAGGAGGACGAGCUGGGCAUCAUUCCGCGGGCCGUCCAGCACCUGUUCAGAGGGAUCGAGGAGCGCAGACGGGCCGCCACCGAGCAGGGCAGGCCCGCUCCCGAGUUCAAGAUCAACGCACAGUUCCUGGAGCUGUACAACGAGGAGGUGCUGGACUUGUUCGACUCGACGCGGGACAUCGAGGCCAAGAAGCAGAGAUCCAAGAUCAAGAUCCACGAGGACGCCAACGGCGGCAUCUACACCGUGGGGGUCACCACGCGCACCGUCACCUCCGCAGCGGAGAUGAUUCAGUGUCUGAAGCUCGGCGCUCUGUCUCGCACCACCGCCAGCACUCAGAUGAACGCGCAGAGUUCGCGCUCCCACGCCAUCUUCACCAUCCACCUGUGCCAAGUGCGAGUCUGCUCUCCCGAUAACGACGAGAACGUGACAGACAACCGUCUGGCCGACGACACGGAGAUCAACGAGUUUGAAACGCUGACGGCCAAGUUCCACUUCGUGGACCUGGCUGGUUCUGAGAGGCUGAAGAGAACUGGAGCUACAGGGGACCGAGCCAAAGAGGGAAUCGCCAUAAACUGUGGGCUGCUCGCUCUGGGAAACGUCAUCAGUGCUCUUGGAGACAGGAGCAAGCGCUCCACCCACGUGCCUUACAGGGACUCCAAACUGACCCGGCUGUUGCAGGACUCACUCGGCGGCAACAGUCAGACGGUGAUGAUCGCCUGCAUCAGCCCGUCGGACCGGGACUUCAUGGAGACCUUGAACGCUCUGAAGUACGCCAACAGAGCUCGGAACAUUAAGAACAAGGUGAUGGUGAACCAGGACAAGGCCAGCCAGCAGAUCAGCACCCUGAGGACGGAGAUAGCGCGACUGCAGAUGGAGCUGAUGGAGUACAAGACGGGGAAGCGGAUGGUGGGUGAAGACGGCAUGGAGGGCAUCAACGACUUGGUGCAUGAGAACUCCAUGCUGCAAACGGAGAACAACAACCUGCGGGUGAGAGUGAAGGCCAUGCAGGAGACCAUCGACGCCCAGAGAGGCCGACUCACACAGAUCCUCAGUGACCAGGCCAACCAGGUCCUGGCCAGAGCAGGUGAAGGCAGCGAGGAGAUCGGGAACAUGAUCCAGAACUACAUCAAGGAAAUCGAGGAGCUCAGAGCUAAACUUCUUGAAAGCGAGGCCGUGAACGAGAACCUGAGGAAGAGCUUGUCCCGGGCGUCCACUCGCUCCUCGCUGUACGGCGGCGGCCCCGGCGGCGCCUUCUCCCAAACCCACCUCGUCCCCGAGAGGGAGGCCAGCGACGUCAUCGAGAUGGCCAAGAAGAGUCUGGAGAAGCUGAAGAAGAAGGAGAGGAAGAAGAAGAAGCGACUGAGGCGAUGUGAGGGGAGUCACCACCAAGAGGUUGAACACACCAGUGUCAUGAAAGAGGAGGGGCCAGACAACAACGACCACGAGGGAGGCGACGAGGAGGCAGAGGAGGCCAGCGACCGCGAAGAAGGCGAGGAGGCAGACGGAGAGGAGGAGGACUUUGACAUUCCGGGAGACGAUACCUCGGACGACUCUGACUCCGAAGAACUGGAGGAGAAAGAGAACGUCCAGGCCGACCUCGCCAACAUCACCUGCGAGAUCGCCAUCAAGCAGAAGCUGAUCGACGAGCUGGAGAACAGCCAGCGGCGUCUGCACACCCUCAAGCAGCAGUACGAACAGAAGCUGACGAUACUGCACAACAAGAUCCGGGACACGCAGCUGGAGAGGGACAAGGUGCUGCAUAACAUGGGUUCGGUGGAGACGGGUACGGAGGAGAAGGCGAAGAAGGUCAAAACGGAGUACGAGAGGAAGCUGAGCUACAUGAACAAGGAGCUGCAAAAGCUCCAGUCGGCUCAGAAGGAGCACGUCCGCCUGCUGAAGAACCAGUCGCAGUACGAGAAGCAGCUCAAGAAACUCCAGCUGGACGUGACCGAGAUGAAGAAGACCAAGGUGGUGCUGAUGCGUCAGAUGAAGGAGCAGCAGGAGAGAAACAGAGCCUCGGAGUGCAGGAGGAACAGGGAGAUCGCCUCCCUGAAGAAAGACCAACGCAAAGCCGAGAACCAACUGAAGCAGAUGGAGGCCCAGAAGAGACAACAGGAGUUGAUUCUUCGCAGGAAGAACGAAGAGGUGACGGCUCUCAGGCGGCAGGUGAGGCCCGUGUCUGGGAAGGUGAGCAGGAAGGUGAGCUUCCCCGAGCCGCCCCAGGAGUCGUCUCAUAGAGCCCUCCCGGGAAGGAUGCAGACGUCUGGAGCCUCUCCAGUCAACGGAGCGAGGAGUUCCCCGGUGCGGUUGGGAAGUUCCUACCUCAACAGGACAGCUAGGGUCAAAUGGCAGUCGCUGGAGAGGCGUGUCACUGACAUCAUCAUGCAGAGGAUGACCAUCUCCAACAUGGAGACGGAUAUGAACAGACUGCUGAAGCAACGGGAGGAGCUGACCCGGCGGAGGAAGCGAGUGUCCAGAAAGAGAGAAAAGAUGGAGGUGGAGGGUGCAGACGGCGACCGCUCGCUGGCCUCCCUGAACGAGGAGCUGGAGUCUCUGAGCGCCAACAUCGACUACAUAAACGACAGCAUCGCCGAGUGCCAGGCCAACAUCAUGCAGAUGGAGGAGGCCAAGGAGGAAGGAGACACGGUAGAUGUUACCGCGGUGAUCAGCUCCUGUGGCUUGUCAGAAGCUCGCUUCCUUCUGGAUCAUUUCAUAAAUAUGGCCAUCAGUAAGGGUCUGCUGGCGGCCCAGAAGGACUCCCAGAUGAAGGUGAUGGAGGGCACGUUGAAGCAGACCGAGAUCAACAGCGCCACCCAGAACCAGCUGCUGUUCCACAUGCUGAAGGAGAAGGCGGAGAUCAACCCGGAGCUGGACGCUCUGCUGGGCAGCGCUCUGCAAGAGUUAGGUUACCUGUCAGCGGAGAAUGGAGACGACAGUAGCAGCGACGAGUCCAACCCCAGUACAGCUGCGGAGGGCGGCUCGCUGGCAUCAGAUCUAAUGAAGUUAUGUGGUGAAACCAAGACGAGAAGCAAGGCUCGCAGACGGACCACCACCCAGAUGGAGCUGCUGUACGCCUGCAGCGGGGACGCGUGCUGUGAACCCCACACCGGAGACUUCCCGGCCCCUAUGCUGCCCCUCCUGGAAGGCUCGGCCGACAUGCCGGGUCAACCGCUCGCCGACCGCGAGCGAACCGUCUCCCCAUCUGCGCUGUCUGCCAGGCCAGCUGGCAUUUCUGGGUCCAGGUCCCCGACAGAAAGCGAGAGAAGGCCACCCGAGCGCUCGCCCCUCGGCCGAAGGAGGGCGCAAGAGAAAGGAGCCACGGUGACUCACAUCCCGGCGCCCACGCACACACCCACGCUGAGCACAGCGGAGGCGAAGACGAGAGGCAGUGACCACAAACCGCUGUUGGAGGAGUCGCCUGUAUUUGAAGGCCACAGAGGUGUGAUCAACCCUGUGAAGAGCACCCACAGGGCCAAACUCCAGUGUGUCUACGUGGCAGAGGGCCACACCAAACCCGUCCUCUGCGUGGACGCCACGGAUGAUCUGCUCUUCACGGGAUCCAAAGACCGCACGUGCAAAGUCUGGAACUUGGUGACGGGUCAGGAGAUCAUGUCUCUGGCUGAUCACCCCAGCAGCGUCGUCUCCGUCAGGUACACUUCAAGUCUCGUCUUCACCGUAUCAACUGCUUACAUCAAAGUGUGGGACAUACGAGACUCCGCCAAGUGUAUCCGCACGCUCACGUCAUCGGGCCAGGUGGCUUCAGGGGACAUCUGCUCGUCGGUCAGGAGUUUGUCCAUCCCACCGGGGGAGAGUCAGAUCAACCAGAUCGCCCUGAACACCUCCGGCUCCUUCCUGUACGCCGCCGCUGGCAACGCCGUGCGCAUGUGGGACCUCCGCAAAUUUGUGUCCACUGGGAAGCUCACCGGCCAUUUGGGACCCGUCAUGUGUCUGACCGCAGACAAGUUGGGUCACGGGCAGAACGUCGUCCUCACCGGCUCCAAAGACCAUCAGAUCAAGAUGUUCGAGGUGGCGGAGGGUGCAGGGAGCAUCAGCUCCAGCCAGACGUUUGACCCCGCCCACCAGGACAGCGUGGAGUCUCUGGCCAUGAGCGGGGACGUUUUCUACAGCGGCUCCAGAGACUAUCACAUCAAGAAGUGGGACCUCGGCAGCAAGCGGCUGCUACAGUCCGUCAGCGCCCAGGCGGACUGGGUCAGCGCUCUGGCCGUGAUGCCGGGCCAGUGGUCGGGCUCCCCGGUGCUCCUCGGCGGCUGCAGAAGGGGGCUGCUGCGCCUCUGGCACGCCGACUCGCUGGCGCCCCUCGGCGAGGUCCGGGGACACGACAGUCCCAUCAACGGCCUGGCCACGAACGGCAGCCAACUGUUCACCGCCUCAGAUGACCGCACAGUGAAGAUCUGGGAGGCCAAAGGUUCUCUGGAGGAAGGAGUCCACUGAACACCUGCUCCCGGAUCUGGAACAGAGGAAUGUGUCAUUUGUGAAGCAACGACAUGACGAAGAGUCCCGCUGAUGAAGACUCUUUAAACGACUCCGAUCCGCCGCCGCCGUUCCACUGGGAUCCGUUUCAGUGAAGUCUACUGAGAUGCGGCGGCUCCCAGUCUGUCGAGCUGCGCUGAUAUUUAAGGUCAAGACGAAUCAAAGUGGCGCCUCUCGGGCCUCCCGCGGAGCCGGCUGCACGGCAGCUGAGACGGAUGGCGUCUUUUCCGAAGCUGGAAAGUUAAACGACGUCCUCUACUUCUGUCUCAAUCGAAGCAGGAGUCUCGCCGUGAGGGGCUUUUGCUUCCUUGCAUCCAAUUGUUUGUUUGCUGAUAGAGUCUGUGUCCCAAAACAAGACAUGGCUGUUUUCCUGCUGACCAGCAAUAACUGUGAGUCCAUCCUGUGUGUUCACAAUAUGAGCGUUGUGUCAAUUCUCCACAGGUCAUUGUGUGUGUGUGUGUGUGUGUGAAGCAAGGACCAAAUAACUACUGAAACUGCGACCGGUCUUAUUCUUCAGCUGUUACUGCCAAGCCCUGUGGAGGGUUUCAGAAUGGGAGGCGGGCCUCCUCAGGGGUGGUUAUUAUAUCAGUUAUCAGAAGUAUUUAUGGGAUUAAAUCAUAUUAAAAACGAUCCCAUAGGCAUCCUGCAAUUGGGCGAAAUUGAGAAAGUAAACCAGGGGGGGGAGGGUCUCUGACUGGAAGCCCUGCUCUAGUGGAACAUGGACGCCCUGGAGGUAAACACACGGCUCCAUCACUGGGUCCUUACACAUUUCACUUUAUUUCUUGCAUUUCAGUCUGUGUUCAUUAAAUCAACCGCAGACCAAUAUUGUGUCUAUAAAAUAAAAACGUGUUUUCUCCCCUGAUACAAUUUCAAUAGCUAAACAGAGCUACAAUGAAAGUGUUUUUUUUCAUAUAACCAAUUAAAAAUCAGCUGACCAGCAGACCGUGAGAGCUGCCGGGGUCAGUUCAGCUCCACAAGGCUCGUCGUUCAGCCGAGUCUUCUUGGUCGGCUCUUUCCAAAGAUUGAUUAUUUAGUUUCUUCCCCUCCAAAAGGUUUUCGUGUUGGACUUUUUAUUGAGGCCGACCGUUUCCUGCGACGCUGCCGGAGACUUCCUGUCUCCAUCAGAGGCAUUUUAACGGCAAGAAACCCGAGUGCAGAGUUUAGCUUGCAUUUCCGACACACUCACAAGACGACAGACAAACAUCAGACGUCAUUCAAUCUUGUAAAUGUGCGUCUAAAAAAUACUGCUAUUUAUUUAUUGUUUUAUUUGAUUUGUGAUGUUUGCUGUUGUUGUGUCUUCCUCAUAAAUCAGAGAUGUUUAACUGAUUUACCGUCGGAUGCCUCUCAUAUCUCAGACACUGAUGUGAUGGAUUUAUGCAUAAUCAAGAGAUGUAUUGACCUGUAGAAUCACUCCAUGAUAAAUGUGGACUAUCCCUUAUUAAAUCUGUUGAACACUUCCUGCUCUGUUUGGAUAUAUUGAUGUUGUCAACGGGACAAAAAUAAAUGCACUGAAUAGAAUAUAUUUUUUUGCAAUUUAAAAAUCAGUAUUCCCCCCAUCGUCUCACGACGUGAAGCUACGUGGAAUAAAUUACUUCCGGAAAACUGGUUUGCGUUCCUAUUGGCUGAAUUUAGAAAUAGAAAACAAAAGAAUAUGAGCUGUAAGUUUUCAUAAUGAAUCGAAUAGCCUGCAAUUUAUUUUGUAUUAAUUAUCCUUCUAACUGUAGAGUAAAUACCUUUUAGAUUAGAAAAGGGAAAUACAACUUGUUUUUCUUCCUGUUCUCUUGUGUAUAAUUUUAAAUGAUUGAAAUAUCAGCUGUAGUGAGAAAAUAAAUGUUGACAUGGAG